UGGCUAUUGAUUGUUAGUAGUGAACGUCCAUGUUUUCUUGUGUCACACAAGAUUUAUUACAAAAUUGAAAAUAAUUGAAAUAAUAAAAAUAUAAAUUGUUAUAAUAUUGAUUAAAAUCAUGUUAAAAAAAGGAACUAUUCUUGUUCUUCUAUUCUGUGUUUUUGUUAAUAAUGGAAAUGGGUUAUACUUCCAUAUCGGUGAAACCGAACGAAAAUGUUUUAUUGAAGAAAUUCCUGAUGAAACUAAAGUAUUAGUUCAUUAUAAGGUGGAAUUGUAUGAUCCAAGAAGUGAUGGAUUUAUGAAAAGUAGUACUGGAAUUGGUAUGCAUGUUGAAAUUAAAGACCCUGAUGACAAAACAAUACUUUCUAGAGUUUAUAGUUCUGAAGGAAGAAUCGCAUUCACAUCGCAUACACCUGGAGAACAUAUUAUUUGUUUAUAUUCCAACAGUACUGCAUGGUUCAGUGGGACACAGCUGAGAGUACAUUUAGAUAUACAAGUAGGAGAACAAGCGAUUGAUUAUGCUAAUGUAGCACAGAAAGAAAAGUUAACCGAAUUACAAUUAAGAAUACGUCAACUUGUAGAUCAGGUCGAACAGAUAACCAAAGAACAAAACUAUCAACGAUAUCGUGAAGAACGUUUCCGACAAACAUCAGAAAGUACUCAUCGACGUGUGUUUUGGUGGUCUCUCGCUCAAACAAUUAUUUUAUUAAUUAUGGGUGCUUGGCAAAUGAGACAUCUUAAGUAUUUUUUUGAAGCUAAAAAAUUAGUCUAAUAACAUUUGUAAAUUAUCAUUUCUUUGAUACUCGUCAUUUUUAAUAAUAGUGAUAAUAUAUCAUUGUAAAAU